AUGUCCUCAAUUCUCAAUGCAUUGUGGCGGGUUCUUUUUUGUACAAUCGCUGUUUCAUGUACGUUAUCUCGAAUAAACGCACACGGUCAACGCAUAGACCGCAUAAAAGAUUUUAUAUGCGUUUUGUUCUUAAGUGGGUUGCAAAAGGAAGACUUGGACGUGAGCUUGCUUGUAAAACUACAGCGAUACAAUAUUAAUGACAUUAAUAAUGAAGAAUUACGAAAAACUUGCGUCCCUGAGAACUUUAGCACACCACCAAGCAUGGCUAAUGAUGAAAAAGACACACCACUUGAGGUGAGUGGUUUUAUAAAGGACAAUGCAACAUAUUCGGAGGUCGAAAAAAAUAUAGACGCCAUUAAAACUGAUAAUAGACGUAUCAUAGAAUAUACCAAGGGUCAACCUAAUUUAGAGAGCGUCAUGAAUUUCUGGACAAAUCUGGGAAAGCGUUCAGAUGCAAAAGGUUCUUCAAUUGAAGUACAUAAGACACGACGCGCACAGGAGCUCAAAAGUGAUUUGAGUAAAAACUUUUCAAACGAUUUAAAUGUAACAGAAUUUAUAAAUAACGUAAUAGGCAAAAAUCAACAUCAUGCCAUAGAAAUAUAUAAACCAAUAAAUUCAGACAAAUAUAAUUUGAAUGAGGAAAGAAUUGUUGUCGAUCAUAAAACCGAACCUAUUUAUUUUAAUGUUCAGCCACCGCAUUUUGAACGUAACAUAGCUUUUAAAGCCUACGAAAAUGUAAAAUACGAAAAUAACAAUGUUAACAUACCAACUGAACAGAAAAUAGAUGAUAUUUUAAAAACAAUAAAUCAAUUCAAAUCAAUGUUUUCCAAUAUUAGUCCACACAAAAAUGAAGACAUGUAUAAAAGUCAUGACACAAACAAAACUUUUACAAAAUUAUCAAAAACAGAGGAAAUAAAUGCACCCCUGAGCCAAAGUAAAACAGAACCAUCACAACUAAAUUUUACUGAUGAGUUGGUUAAGAAAAUUGCUCAAAGUGUUAAAGAUAUGGUUUUACAAGACUUGCGAAAAGAAAUGCAAAUAACAACCACAACAACUACACAUAAAGUGGAAACAAUUUCAAUUGUACAAAAGGAUAAUUUCAAUAAUAAUGAAAAUAUUAUGACCAAAGUUAUGUCAAUGCUUCAAUCUUUGAAACAAACGCAAACGCUUAACAUUCAAGAAAUAAAAACUAACCAACCGGCGCAUAAUAAUCAAGUAAACAAUAUAAAGAAGAACGAUCAACCUUUGAAACAAACAGAUAAAAGCCAUCCCACCUAUAACCUAACUCCACUGAUUCAUAAAUUUAACAAUGAACCUCAAAAUUCGAAGCAAAACCUAUUAAGACCUAUUACAUUCCAAACAAAUUCUUUGGAAAUACCUCCUCUUGGAAUACCAAUAAUGCAUGGUCUAAAUCCUAUCAACCAAAACAUAAUUGUCACAACAUUUGCACCGUUCAGAAGUCACUAUGAAAGCGACAAUGGACCGAGUUACAGCGAUAGUGCAUUGAUGAAAGUCUAUCCUAAGGAAGUCCUACAAAGUCCGCUAAGCGCUAAAUUCUCUAAAAGAUCUGAUGAUUGUCCCUUGAACCAUCCCUGUGACCACAAAAAUGAAGAUGUCAUUAGAUUCAGACUUAGCAACGACGGCAAAACUAAGUACGACACCGAUUAUUACGAGAAAAUCAAUUUGGGAAGAAUUAAAUCGAAUGAGGGAUAUUCACCGCGCGCUCCAAGAUUCCACGAGAAACUUGAACGCAUUGAUCGCUUUGAUUUAGGAGAGAUGAAUGAAGACUGCUGUAGGUAUCCCAUAACACAGCAAAUGGUGGAGUGUUGUAAUGAAAAGAUCAGAUCAAGACAGCAGACAUCAUUAAUCAAAAAGAGAGGUUCAUACGACGAUACACAUUUUAGGAACUUUUUGAAAACACAACAAAAGGUCACAGAUAUGCUCGAACAAAUACUUGCCUCCAAAACCAGAGACAUGCCAGUCAGCGUGGAAACGACGUAA